AUGACCAGAAGAAACCACACUUCACUGACUGAGUUCAUCCUGUUGGGAUUAGCAGACGUGAUGGAGCUACAGAUUGUCCUCUUUUUGCUUUUUCUGGUGAUUUACACACUUACAGUUUUGGGGAAUGUUGGGAUGAUCCUCCUAAUCAGGACUGAUUCCCGACUUCACACACCCAUGUAUUUCUUCCUGGCUAACCUGUCCUUUGUGGAUGUUUGUUACUCUUCCACCAUCACCCCAAAGAUGCUGGUAGACAUAUUAUCAGAGAAGAAAACCAUCUCCUUUGCUGGCUGCUUCCUGCAACUGUACUUCUUCAUCGCCUUGGCCACAACUGAAUGCAUCCUCUUUGGGUUAAUGGCCUAUGACCGUUAUGUGGCCAUAUGCAACCCACUACUUGACCCCUUGGUCAUGUCCAGGACAGUCUGCCUCAAAAUGGCAGCAGGGGCCUUUACAGCAGGAUUCUUGAACUCCAUGGUUAACACAAGUUACGUGAGCAGCUUGCCAUUCUGCAGUUCUAAUGUCAUUCAUCAUUUCUUCUGUGACAGCCCUCCACUUUUUAGGCUCUCACGUUCUGACACACACCUGAAUGAAAGCAUCUUUUCCACAUUUGCUGGUGUGAAUAUUGUUGGGGCUUUGCUGGUCAUCCUGACCUCCUACUCCUAUGUUCUCUUCUCCAUCUUCCAUAUGCAUUCAGGGGAGGGGAAGCGCAAAGCCUUCUCAACCUGUGGUUCUCACCUGACAGCUAUAACUCUGUUCUAUGCCACCGCCAUCUAUACCUAUCUGAGACCUAGUUCCAGCUAUUCCCUCGAUCAGGACAAAGUGGCUUCUGUGUUCUACACAGUGGUGAUCCCCAUGUUGAAUCCUCUGAUCUACAGCCUCAGGAACAAGGAAGUAAAGAAAGCUUUAUGGAAUGUAGCUACCAGAACAAGGAUCCCUUCCUUUCUCUGA